AUGGAGUAUCAAAGGCAUAUGGAGCCGAGUCUGCAGGGCCAGGGCCAGGGUCAGGGCCAGGGCCAGUGGGGCUACGGCUGGGGGACCCCGGCGGCGCCUCCCAACACACACAGGAACAAGAGACCCCACUCGGAGAGUGAAGACGACGCCUUCUCCGAGGAGAGCAGCAAGGACGCCACAUCUCCGGGCGGAGACUCGUGUCAGCUGAUGACUCGCAAGAGAAGGAGAGGAGUGAUAGAGAAGAAACGAAGAGAUAGAAUCAACACCUCACUCACGGAGCUCAAGAGACUGGUGCCGGCCGCUUGUGAGAAGCAAGGCAGCGCUAAACUGGAGAAAGCUGAGAUACUACAGCUGACCGUGGAUCAUUUGAAGAUGCUGCAUGCUAAAGGUGUGGACACGUACGCGUACGACCCCCAGCGGUACGCCAUGGACUACCACAACAUCGGGUUCAGGGAGUGUGCGGCGGAGGUGGCGCGCUACCUGGUCAGCUGCGAGGGUCUGGACAUCCAGGACCCUCUGCGGCUCCGACUCAUGAGUCACCUCCAGUGUUUCGCGGCUCAGAGGGAGCUGGCCGCCAAGUCCAACUGGGGCUACCCGCAGUACCCCGCCGUGCCGCAGCCCCAGCACGGGUACCCGGAGCUGAGACACGAGGCGCCGGCGUCCACGGCCGCAACUACGCUCACAGCGCCCACGGCCAUCGCCGCCCCGCUCACGGCCGCGCCCACGUACCCGCACUACCCUCCUGCGCCCCCCGCACCGCCCGGACCCCCGGCACCCCCGGGUCCCCACCCCGCCCCGCCGGCCCCCCACUACCCCGCGCCCUAUCCUCACCACCCCCCACAUCAUCAGUACUCACAGAACAGCUCCAAGCCCUACAGGCCGUGGGGCGCGGAGCUGGCCUACUGA